CCGGGACUGUGCGCAGGUCGAUGACGUCAUAGUGACUACGCGUCUCGCACACCGCAGAAAUCAUGUCGACGGAGGGAAAGACGAAGAAAAUAGACGAUUUAAGGGUGGUAGAUCUCAGAGCUGAGCUUGAGAAACGCGGCUUGGAUAAAUCCGGUGUAAAAGCCGUCCUGACCGAUCGGCUACGCAAGAGUGGAAAUCUACAGUGGGCUUCGGUAACAUCAGACGAAAUAACUACGAGAAAGUUUGCAGAAGGCCUGGUAACAGAUAUAGUUAGAUUAUUGCACUGCCAAAUGUAAAUAGCAGGUUGAGGG